GGGGCCACGCGCCGGACCCGGUGGGAUAACGGGGCUGACAGGGUCCCAGGAGUGGCUGUCGCGGGGCCGUCCGAGAGAUUCGCAAGGGCAGCAGGCUUCCCGGAGCGAACUGCCCCUUAUUCCAGAGGCUCCUCCUGCCCCUCGUUCUUAAGGGGCCCAAACUCACCGCGGCCACCGGCGCGUAGCUCCCCGGCUGGUGGCAGAGGAGGAGAAGCUCCAGAUUUGGGCCGCUGGGGGCCCUGCGCUGCUCUACGUCAACCACUGCGCUCCGCGACCCUCGCCCCCCGGCACGCUCGCGCCUUAAGCUCCCUCGCCGGGCCCCGCCCGCGCUCCAGCAUCUCCCGCUAUUUGGCUGCCCUCCUGGGGCCCCCUUAAUCCUUGUUGCCUGGCGGGGACCCAGGGGUGUUCUUGUAGCGCAGGGCUGGGGAGGAGUUACUGAGGGCGCCCGCCUGGACCGCCCCUACUGCAGGCGAGCCCGCUUGCGCGAGACCCUUGGCGCGAGAGGGCCACCAAAGGAGUGUGAACUGGGGAGUGGGCAAGAGUGGAAAGUGACAGAGAAGGGGGAAAUUGGCCCGCAAAGGCUUGAGAAUGGGCAGAGAGGAGCAGCAGGUACGCGCAGUGUGCAAAGGGACGCCAGCGGUGCAGGCGGCUGGAUUUGGCUGUGCGCGCCCAGGAGGGAGGCUGAGGGGUGCGGAACGAGAAUGCAGAGUCGGAAGAUGCGCAGGGAGAAUGGGCUCCGCGGAGGGCAGCCCGGGAGGCGGCAGGACCGCGCGCGCCCAGGGGACGAGCCCGUGGCAGCCGAGAGGGCGCUUGAUCUCGGGAACCUUGGCCGACUCCUGCGCGUGCCUCGCUGCCUCGGAGACUCGCGGCCUCGCGGUCGUCGCUCUAGGGCUCGGGGACCGCGCCGGGGGCUGAGGGGCUGCCGUGCUCUCCCGGCAGCGCAGAGCGGGUGCAGGAGGCGCGAGAGGGUGACGGUCGGCGCGCCGGGCAUGAACCUGGAGGGCGGCAGCCGAGGCGGCGAGUUCGGCAUGAGCGCGGUGAGCUGCGGCAACGGGAAACUCCGCCAGUGGCUGAUCGACCAGAUCGACAGCGGCAAGUACCCGGGGCUGGUGUGGGAGAACGAGGACAAGAGUGUCUUCCGCAUCCCCUGGAAGCACGCGGGCAAGCAGGACUACAACCGAGAAGAGGACGCCGCGCUCUUCAAGGCUUGGGCACUAUUUAAAGGAAAGUUCCGAGAAGGCAUUGAUAAGCCAGACCCUCCUACCUGGAAGACACGUUUGCGAUGUGCUUUGAACAAGAGCAAUGACUUUGAGGAACUGGUUGAGAGGAGCCAGCUAGACAUCUCAGACCCCUACAAAGUCUACAGGAUUGUUCCUGAGGGGGCCAAAAAAGGAGCAAAGCAGCUCACCCUGGAAGACCCACAGAUGACCAUGAACCAUCCCUACACCAUGACAGCACCUUACGCCUCCCUGCCAGCCCAGCAGGUUCAUAACUACAUGAUGCCACCCCAUGACCGAAGUUGGCGGGACUAUGUGCCUGAUCAGUCACACCCCGAAAUCCCGUAUCAGUGUCCUGUGGCGUUUGGACCUCGCAGCCACCACUGGCAAGGCCCAACCUGUGAAAACGGUUGCCAGGUGACAGGAACCUUUUAUGCUUGUGCCCCGCCUGAGUCCCAGGCCCCCGGGAUCCCCAUAGAGCCAAGCAUAAGGUCUGCUGAAGCCCUGGCGCUCUCAGACUGCCGGCUCCACAUCUGUCUGUACUACCGAGAGAUCCUGGUGAAAGAGCUGACCACGUCCAGCCCUGAAGGCUGCCGUAUCUCUCACGGCCACACCUACGAUGCCAGUAACCUGGACCAGGUCCUCUUCCCCUACCCGGAGGACAACGGCCAGAGGAAGAACAUUGAAAAGCUGCUGAGCCACCUGGAAAGGGGUGUGGUCCUCUGGAUGGCCCCUGAUGGGCUUUAUGCCAAAAGACUGUGCCAGAGCAGGAUCUACUGGGACGGGCCUCUAGCGCUGUGCAGCGACCGACCCAACAAGCUGGAAAGGGACCAGACCUGCAAGCUCUUCGACACGCAGCAGUUCUUGUCCGAGCUGCAAGCAUUUGCUCACCAUGGCCGUCCCCUGCCAAGAUUCCAGGUGACUCUGUGCUUCGGGGAGGAGUUUCCAGAUCCUCAGAGGCAAAGGAAGCUCAUCACUGCCCAUGUCGAACCUCUACUAGCCAGACAACUGUAUUAUUUUGCUCAACAAAACAGUGGACAUUUCCUGAGGGGCUAUGACUUACCUGAACACGUCAGCAGCCCUGAGGAUUAUCACAGAUCCAUCCGCCACUCCUCCAUUCAGGAAUGAAGAACAGCCAGACCAGGGACUUGGUGUCACUGUAAACUUCUGGUCUGGCAAGAACACCUCAUUGAACCCCCUCUUUUAUGAUUGAAGAACUUGGAAUUUGGGGCAUCAGUUCAACAUAGGAGGAGAAACUCAGCAAGAAUAUGUAUAGAAACUCAGCUCUGUCUCACUGAGAGAUGAGCUUCCACGAGGAAGGAUGGUUCCCAGGCCUCUCCGUGGAUGGCCACCAUCAGUGACAGCUGUGAAAACUGACCAACACGCGUGUUUACAUUUCCCUAAAUGCUCUGUCUGAUUGAUGUGGAUCUUUCUUGCUUGAAGACUGAGAAAAUGUUUCAGUAUUGACCACUAAGUGAGGAAAGCACUCAAGUGUUGUAUUAUUUCUCAGGGAAGUAAAACCUAAGUCUGAGGCUACUCUGCCCACAACAGCAACGUGCUAGUGCAAGUAGGGGAUGUUGCUCUUGUAGAAAAUGCUUGCUGAAGGCAGGAAACAGGCUGACAGAGGGGGAGCCUCAGCACCUCCGACUGUGGCCACCAGCCUGGGCUCCCCUGGUGGGCUCCCCUGCCCUGCUCCCCGCUGCCCAUUUGCUCUCUCCCCUUAGGUGCCCCUGGAGCCAGCUGGUAGACUCUGUUGCUAUUUUCUGGAGCCAAAAAGCAUUAGGGCCGCCCUUGAGUAGUACAGUCUUGUCUGUUCUACAAUCUAGCAAUGGCUGGUUGAGAUAUUUUUGUCUCUCAUUCUAUAGAAAUUACUGCUGAAACUUUUUUCUUAAAGAAGGAAAAUGAGACCAGCAAUCCAAGUACUCAAGAUGGUUUUUCGAAACUUGGUGACAUUUCCCCUCUUACCCUGUUUUGUUUUGUUUGGCUACCAGUUAGUUAUCCAUGACAACACUACAGAGGGGGAGCCAGCGCCUCACGAAUGGAUGAACUCUGUUAGGAAAAAGGACGACAGGAUUUCACUGGUUGCAUAACUGCAGACUAAGUGGGCUGUUUUUGCUUAUUUUGUAUAUUAUAUGCUUCCUCAUGCCAACAAUGGUUUAACUGGGCCUUAAAAUACUGGGCUUCUUCCAAAUACAUCUUUUUAUAGAAUCA